CGCGUGCGGUUCAUAUCCGGCAUCUUUUAGCACUGGAACCGCUCCAUCUGUCAGUUUCAAACCAUCUCCAAAUCCAGCUUUAUAUCCACUGUUUAAAUAACAUCCAUCACUGAAAUGCCGUGAGCAAACAAACACACCUCAACUUCACUAUCGCAAGAGCAACAAGCUGCAGCUGCAGGCCCACAGUGCAGCCGAUCUUGAUAAGCGGGUCUUCUGCUGCCUUCACAUGCUCUCGGAAAUUCGAUAACUCCCACUUCAACCUUGAAGUAUGUAUGGUCUUGAUUUAGUCACAUUUCAAGUAUUUACUAACAUUAAAACAUUACAAGUAUCUGCUAACAUUAAAAGAGCACCGUUCCAUAAAUUAUUUCCAGGUUGAAGUGGGAAUUAUCGAAAUUCCGAGAGCACGUGAAGGCAGCAUUCCUAUCGCUCGUUGGCACGUGGGCAGGCUAUUUCAUUCGCCUUGCCGUGGGCGUGCUUUUCUGGAGAAUUGCCCAAUAAAAGGAAUAGGAUGCCUGUUACGAAACAAGGAUCCAGACUUAUAAAAAACUUUCCGAAACAAGUUGGAGUGCUGGGGGAGUGAAUCAAGCACAGAAAUACUACAUCAUGCGUCCAACUCGUUUUUUAACAAGUUGACCAUGUUAAGCAUGAGAAGCCAGCACAUUCAACAGUGUAAAGAAGUCAGAAUGCAUGACAUAGCACGUUACUCGAUCUUUAAGUUUCAAAUAAAAAGUAGCUCAGCAAAAAAAUUAAACACAAACGUUAAACAUAACUCAAAGGUUGAAAGAUCAUUCAUUGGAAAUUGUAAAAUCAGCUGAGUAACCCAAAAUCGACAUACAUUUUAUGGCUACAGAGGUCAUUAACAUAGUGGUUUUACAUCAGGCAAUUCAUCCUUAGAUUAAAUUAAAUUACAACUAACACUGUAAGUGACAAUAUAUCUAGAGUUUAAGCAAUACAAGUAUUAACUUUUACAUUGAGGGCUAAAAGAAAAAGAAAUACAGAAAAGUCUGCUUGGAACUUCUGUGCAGAUUUCUGGCGACACAGAUUAUACAGUGGAAUACAGCUGCUGAUCAAGGACGCUUACAAUAAAUGUUUCAUUAAUGUAAAAGUAAUAUAAGGAAAUAUAAAUAUGUUUUGUUAGUUGAAUGACAGAAACAUGUGCACCCUCCUGGAUCAUAUUGGAAUCACAGGUGUUCCUCACCACAAGGUUGAUGACCUGCAGGGUCUUGCUGAAGUGUUUUACAAAGACAGUAGAAAAAGACUUCCAGAAACUAGUAAGAGAAUCUUGAGGUCACUGCAGAAGUAUGUACAUAUGUGCUGUGGUAAAGGGAGAAUUGAGUCUGUUUACAUGCAGAUCCAUUUUAAGCUCUUUGGUAAACAAUAUUGCAGAAUGAGUUUCUCACAGUUAGUAGGGAAGAUAUAACUAAAAUACCCUCGUUUUGAUAACAGUUCAUCUUUUCAUUUCAAAACUUUGGUUGAGUUUAGCUGAGGAAAUGACGAUAUGCUAAUUUAUACUGUAGGUGUAUGAAACCAGCACAGAAAGUCUGUGCAAUACGAAAAAUUGUGUAAUCCAACUUUUGACUACUGACCACCCCAGACCCUCCAACAUAAAGUAAAUUACCCAAACCACUGAUUUGACUUCAUUGUCAUACAGGACUCUGAAGUGUGUGUGUGAGUGUGUGGGGGGGGGGGGGGUAAAUGUGUCUUACUUUGAAAGUUUUCACAGUAGUGUCAGCAGCAGCUCCUGCUCUGGGUUUUAUUCUGGGCGGUCUCACAGCGCUCACUUAUCUCACCAACAGGGGCUUGUGUGUUAACUGAGGCUAAAUAAACACAGAUGAACCGUCGAGCACAUUCACACAAAAUCUUCUGCCAAUGUCGCCCUGACUUCAUGAGAAAACCGCACGAGAUCGAAGCGCGUCACAUGAAAAGCACGACACGAGCGAUGUUUCUCGACACAUGACCGCAGCUGACUGCUAACAGUGCUGUGUUUUACUCCUCAGCAUCGCCUUGAUAUCCACUUUCAGUCAGCGAACAGCGCAGAAAUGAGGAAUACGCUGCAUGUCAAUGACGGACACAAGGUCCUCCACUCGGUGUCCGGAGACAAGAAAUGCAAGCGGAAAGCGCGAGAUCCCGUCAAGCGUGAUUUAUCUUACUUUAAACUGUACAACACAUCGCAUCCGAUGGACGAGACGCUGGGAAGCAGCGCUGCGAUGAAGACCAACCCCGUGGAAAUGAUCGCGUCGCGGGAUGACAGCGACACUUUAAACACCGCUAUCGACAUGAGGAUUAAUACCGAGAAGACUGUCGAUAAUAGCGCUAAAACAAGCGCGCAGGUGUCGGUGUUGAACCGUCCGCAGGUUUUUGUGUUGUCUCAGCGCGCAGUCAGUCAGGCGCCUGCGAGCGGCAGCAGGAGCGAGUGCGCGGAAUCACCCGGGAGACGCGCAGGAGAGCCGUCUGGCGCGGUCACGCAGAUCAAAGCCGUGCAGCAGACGCGCAGGCUGCUGGCGAACGCGCGAGAGAGGACGCGCGUGCACACCAUCAGCGCUGCCUUUGAGGCGCUCAGAAAGCAGGUAUACUGCAUUACUACAGUACCCUGCUACUCUUACGGGCAGAAGCUUUCCAAGCUGGCUAUAUUAAGAAUAGCUUGCAACUACAUACUGUCCCUCGCUCAGCUUGCCGAGCUGGACUAUUCCCCAGACCACGGCAAUCUGAGCUUCCGAGAGUGUGUGGAGCAGUGCACUAGAACUCUACAGGCUGAGGGGCGAUCCAAGAAACGCAAGGUAAAUAGCAGUGGUGAAGACAUUUUCCAGUUUCUCAUGAAGACCCACUGUAUCCUGAAAGGCUCCAAGGAGACUGCUGUAUGGUUUUAUGAAAACAAAAUGGAAAACUUCUCACUUUAGAUUUAGAUUCAAUUUAUUGUCAUUGCACAUGUACAAGUGCAAGGCAGCGAAAUGUGACCUCUGCAUUUAACCCAUCCAGAGAGUAGUGAACACACGCACAGCAAGUGGUGAACACACGUACACCCGGAGCAGUGGGCAGCUAUCACUGCAGCGCCCGGGGAGCAAGUAGGGGUAAGGUGCCUUGCUCAAGGGCACCUCAGUCGUUACCCGCCGGCCCUGGGAAUCCAACCGGCAACCUUCUGGUCAUGAAUCCGACUCUCUAACCAUUAGGCCACAACUGCCCUAAUAUUAAUUUGAUGUGUUAAGACCAUGUUUUACCCCCAUGCCUGAUACUGAUCCCAUUAAAUUCAAUGAAAUGAUCAUCAGCUUAUGUCAGGGACAGGACUGGGUGUUCUGCCAGUGUUUUCCUCCGCAAAUUUCUCGGCUGUUUUAUUAAAGGCAUCAAUAUGCACAUCGAGUCCAAAUCUACAUUCGCAAUGUCGCGGUAAUUUGUAACUGUUUUAUGAGGUGGCUAAUUUGAAUGAAUUCGUACGAUCUGCUUCUGCACCUGUGAAGGACAAGUUUAUGUUUCUUUUUUUCAAUAAUCAAGUGUUAACUUUGUACAAAGUCAUACGAAUUAUCCACAUCGUAGAAGAGUUACAAAAUGCCGGUGUUCCCUCACACAAUAUCAAUGAAUAAAGAAAUAGUUCAAUCAAAAAUAUAUUUUUUAAUCAUUUAUUAGCAGUCAUGUGAAGUGACCUUUUAGUCAGAUAUGGUGACCCAUACCCGAAAUGUGACCUCUGCAUUUAACCCAUCCAGAGAGUAGUGAACACACGCACAGCAAGUGGUGUACACACGUACACCCGGAGCAGUGGGCAGCUAUCACUGCAGCGCCCGGGGAGCAAGUAGGGGUCAGGUGCCUUGCUCAAGGGCUCCUCAGUUGUUACCCGCCGGCCCUGGGAAUCUAACCGGCAACCUUCUGGUCACGAGUCCGACUCUCUAACCAUUAGGCCACGACUGCCAUGACUUGCCGUCAUGUUGUUCCAAACAUGUAUGAGUUUCUUUCAUCUGCAGAACACAAAAGAAGAUAUUUUAAAAAAGGUUGGUAAGUAAACAACAUUCAACCCCAUUGACAUCCAUUGUAUGAACACAAAACCACAGAGACAUUUCUCAAAAUAUCUUCUUUUGUGUUCCACUGAAGAAAAAGUCAUUAACACGUUUUGAAUCACACGAGGGUGAAUAAACGAUGACAGAAUUUUUGUUUUUGGGUGAACUAUGCCAUUAAUAACAGCUUUACUUGACAAAAAUCAAAUCAGCGGCUUCAUUGAGGCACGAAGCGUCUUGUGUUUAAAGACCACUCACCAUCUCUAUAUGUGAGCUAAUUUGUUCCUUCAGCAAAGCACAUCUAAAAGGAAAUGGGUUUGAGCGCGCAGCCCACCCCACCACCCUCCCGUCAGAGCCAGACACCAGAUGUUCGCAACACUAGUUGGGAAGUCCUGCUGGCGCCACUCGGGGCAGAGGGCAGAGGGAAGGCACGCGAGCUGGAACCCGGAGAGCUCACUCACUACAGGAAUUGGCACAUUCCCCAGCGCGCUCUUGGCUGACUCCCCAGUUCUCUCUUGGCCAUCUGUUCCAAAAAAACACUUUGAAAUAAAAAACACUGAUCAUCGCUCUCUUAGGAUACGGCUCCACAGAGCAGCUGUUACAGAGGCCAGCGAGAAACACGGGGAGGGCUGGGGGGGGGGCGGCGUCCAAUAAAGAAAUCCCUUUGUCAAGUAGAGCCAGUGAGUCUGAGGGGAAAAAUGUUUUGGCAGGGUGAACCCAUGAAAGCGAACAUGGACGUGUGCAUGAAUGGUGCAGUUCUACAAUGUUUUUAAAACGCUAGAACAAACAAAAUCAGUCUAUUAGUUCAUCACCAAAUCUAAGUUUUCAUCAUAUGGUGUAACGUCCUAGCUGCUCGCUUAAAGUGAUGAAGACCACUCACAUUGCUGAAGUUUCAUUUCUGCGUUAAGAAUGAGAUUCACGAUAACUAACUUUUGUCUGUUUGUUCUUUACAAUAGGAAUAAAGUGAAGUAUGUCUUCGGUGACUCUGGAGAAUGAAGGAUCUCAGACCUGCAGUCUAAUGAAGUUUUACAGUAAACACUGCGCUAUAGAUUUUACUACAGCUGACAGUGUCGAAAACUUAUUUACACUGAAAAAAACACAUUUUUUACAGAUUGUUCAUGUAUUUUUGAAAUACGGUCAAAAAACGUCAAAUUACAGAAAAAGACCACGCAUUUGAAAACAUGUCAAACUGUUAUUUUACAGAAUAUUUCUGGGGCCCCAGAUGCCAGAACAUUUGCUUUGUUUCUAAGAUUUUUUUACAGUGUCUGAAUGUGCCAACAUACAACUCAGUAUUAUAUGACAAGAACAUUUUAUGUGCAAUGACAAAUCAUUUUCCUUUUCCAUUUUUCCGUUUUUGCACAAUCAGAAUUGGAUUUAAUCUCUGACACUCCUGCACUGGGUGGCAGCAGACAGUUAACUUGUAAAUGAGGUAUUAUAAAAGAAAUAUUGAUAACUUUCAUUUACAUUAACGUGUAAAUUCAAUUCGUAAAAGGAAAAUACGCUAAUAUCAUUUAUCAAAAUCAUUUGUCAAUAACCCAUCAAUCAAUAAAACUGAGCAGGAAUUCAUCUUUCUGAUCAAAGUUCUGUGUUUGUCUUUUUAAUUUUGACAACAUGUAAAAAGUCUAACAGCAAUCAGAAGGACAAAAGAUUUGAACAAUAUAGUGACCUUUUCAUAUCAGCAGGUUACAAACAUCGGAAUUUUUACAUUGUUAAAUAUUAAAAUAUAAUAAAUGUUGUAAAGCUGAAUCAGUGUGUGUGUGUGUGUUGUUGAUGUACAUUGCUUGUGUAUACUGUAAAAUGUUUUAUGUUGUAAUAAUAUGUAAAUAGAUCAUUGUUAGCUAGUUAUAAGUAUAAUAACUGUGACAUUAACAGUGUUGGGUAAGUUACUCUGAAAAAGUAGUUAAUUACUAGUUACAAAUUAUAUAUUCAAUAGUGUAAUUAGAUUACUGUACAAAUUACUCUCUCCAAAAAGUAUUUUAUUACUAAUUACUUUCUAUAUCCUACAUCAACCUUGAUUAGUUAAGUGAUUCAAGGAUAGACAUGGAACAGCUCUUUUCAUUCAUUCAAAUAAAUGAUAUAAAACUACAAAAAGUUCUCUUAUUAACUGACCAAAGUAUUACAAAAGUGAGAAUAAUACAUUAAAGCACAGAUUUUAAAGUUAGACUUUGAAUUUUGAUGUCAAUUCCACUAUUACACUAUUGCACACACAUAUAUUACACAAAGUAUUUAUUUGAAUUACAUCAGAAGUAACUGUAAUUAAAUGAUAGAUGAAUCCCUUACUUUACUUUAAUAAAGUAAUUAAAUUACAGUAACUAAUUACUUGGUAACUAGUUACACCCAACACUGGACAUUAAUAACUGUGAUUAUUGAUAUUGAGUCCAGUAUCAGUAACUGAUUGACACUUGAACACAGUAGAUCCAUUUAACACUUUGCCUUUAGAGUCACAAUGGUUAGAAACGUUCUCUCUGCUUCCAUACACGCAAAAAAAUGUAAAUGACUUUGUCUGCUAUAAUUUUUUAAAAUUUCAAUAGAUAUUAUGCCACAGUAAUCUAAUAUUAUGACAGCCCUAGUGUUUAAGAAAGCACAUCCACUGAAAUGGUGUCAUAGACCUGUGAAUUUAACCCCAAUUUAAAAAUGAAAUAAAACGACUGUAACUCCAGUAAUGGGUCAUAGAAGUGUGAAAGGACUGACAAUGGGAAUGUUGUAGAUUCAAAGCAUGUAAGCAAGUGUCUGACUGCUUCAGCGAGAUCAUCAACCCCUCACCUCUUACUCCUUCUGCUCCAGUCAUAUCUACUCCUAAUAUUGACCAACAAUCAGAGAUACGAGGUGGCAGUCUUUGGUCACUGUCAUUGUUCAUCCAAAGACUCCACUAUUUUGAAGAAGUAACAGGAUUUCUUUUGGAGCUGUUUGGAUGUCAAGAUUCUGACAUUAGACCUGAACAUCAUACAUUUUAUGAGCAUUUAUUUGUUGAUGUUUCUGAUGGUGUCAACUGAUGUGAAACUGCCAGAGAAAAGAACAUGAUUGUAAGUCGCUGGAAAACUGUUGCAGGCUCUCCCCCCAUUCAUAAGCGACUGUUUUACUUUCAUUUCACUUCUCUAAACAUCUGUCCAUCAUGUAGAGAUU